CCCAGCGCACCGACGGCGCCGACAAGCUCCCGCCACGCCGCCGCCGUCCUCGGCGGCGGCGGCGGCGGCUGCCAUCGCCCUGGCUGCUACGCCGGCACGGACGCCGCGCUCUGCGACGACCUGCUGCAGGAGGUGUUCCGCCUCCUGCCACCCGCCGCCGCGCCGGCCGUGUCCCUCGUUUCCCGGCGCUGGCUCUCGCUCCUCAGGGCCUCCACAUCGUCCCUGACCCUCCGCCUGGCGGCCUCCUCGGAUGCGGCGGCGGCGACCCUCGCCGCGCUGCUGUCGCACUACCCGUUCCUCUCCGCCCUGACCGUCGCCUCCGCUGCUACUCCGGCCCGGGACGCCGACGCCGUGCUGCUUGCUGUCGCGGCCGCGCCGGCCGCCGCCCGGUUCUCCACGCUGCGGCUCCUGCCCGAUUCGGCGGUCUCCCCCACCGCGCUGCUCGCCGCCUGCCCUGCCCUGUCCGGCCUGACGUCGCUCCACAUCACCGCCGUCCGCCCCCUGUCGUUCCGCUGGCUCGAGCUCUUGCCGCGCCUCAAGUCGUUCGCCCUCGUCAACUCCGCCGCCAGCGUUGACUACGCCGGCUCAAGCUCGGAUGAUGCCGACGGCGCCGAGGCCGAGGCCGCACUGGCGUUGCCGCUGGAAAGGCUGUCGCUUUGCGGCAUCCGCUCCGGCGACCGAGGGCUUGGAUGGCUGUGGCGGCGGUGCGGGAGCCUCAAGUGGCUGCAGCUGCGCGCCUGCGACGGCACUGGGGAUGGGCCCGCGUCGCCGUCCUUCGCGGAUUGCCUCGUUGGAUUGCUCGCGCUUGAGCUUCGCACUUGCCGUGCUGUUGCCGACCGUGUUCUCCUCCUUGCAGCUGACCAUUGCCACGCACUGACCUCCCUCCUGGUUUAUGACGGCGGCAGCAGCGAGGCCCUUCACCGAUUCAUCCAACAGCGUGCUGCUGGUCUUCACACCUUGGACCUUCGCCUACCGCUCGACCUGCACAAUGAUCAUCUCCUUGCCAUUGGAGCCGAGCCAAUUCAAGGCGGCCUGGACCCCACACAUAACCUAGCCGCACUUCGCCUUCAGAGCUGCGUCCUAAUCACUGGGGAUGGACUCCGGUCUCUCGCACGAACAGCCACUGGGGCGGGCAUCGAAGAGCUUGCCUUGGUGAGCUGUGACGUUGUGGAACGGGAGCCUGGGUUACUGACAUUUCUCAGCCAAAGCAUGCGGCGUCUUCGUCGCCUUGACUUAUCCUACAAUGAGACACUGAGUGACAAGGUGAUCUGUGCCAUGCUGUCAUCCUGCCGGAAUCUCAUCGACAUCAAACUCAGGGGAUGCCGGGGCCUAACGGGGGCCUCCUUGGUCUCACUUCUCAGGCACUGUGGGCAGUCGCUGGAGAUCCUUGACAUCUCCUGCUGUCCUAGCAUUGCAGUAGGCAAUGUUGAAUUCUUUGCUCAGCGCGCCACUCGGUUGAAUCAUAUGAUCAUCGAGGAGAGCGCGGUAUCAGAGGAAUUAAAGGCAAUCGCUCAGAGGAAAGGCAUGAAGAUUGGUUCAUUAUUGCCAUGCGAAGGACCAUUCUGAAGUCAGGUAAUCCCCUUCAGAAUGCAACCCAUGCUCACUUGAUUUCGGUGUAAUGUUACUUGAAUGUUGGAAUAAGGUGCUGCUGCUUUGUACUUGCGUGUGCAACUUUAUAACUACAAUGGAAUGUAUAUACCAUGUCUUAUUAGUUAUUAGUAUUACGUGUACUCUUGUCAUGACAAACCUCUUGGUGCCUUCCAUGUAAAUUGAGGGCCAAGAACGUGCUGUUGUUUAUCUUCAAAUAAUUGCCAUGGAAAUAAUACAGGAAAUCUCAAAUA